CAGCAGAAUGCAUUGAAAGCAGCACAACAAAAAGCCGUCCGGUACAGCCAUUAUUUCUUGGUAAAGCCGGAACGUACCGGACGUGAUCAGUGGUGAAUCGUGCCUAACCGUUUUUAUUUAAUUAUUUUGUCCCAACACAGUUAGCGGUCGUAAAAAACGGUGCAAGCCAUUAAAACUGUCCCCUACGCAGUUCACAGCAUACAUGCAACACACACGAAGCUGUGUGGAAUGAAGGAAGAGUGAGACGGGAAUGAAGGUUUAUGUUUCAAAGGUUCACAAAAUAAUACCAUGAAGGAAGAGUUCGAAGAUGUGUGGAGCAACGAUGCUGGCCGGAGCAAUGCGCCAAAGGAAGAGCAAGAGCCACACGAAGAACCGGCUGAAAACCCAUCGACAGUGUUGAACGAUUGUCUGCAGCGGUUUGCCAAUAUGGACUACAUCAUGGAGCCGGGUAUCUUUGGCCAGCUGAAGCGCUACUUCCAGGCGGGCGGAACACCGGAACAAGUUAUCUAUCAGCUGUCUGCGAACUAUGUGGCCGUUGCCCAGAUGGCGAACCUGCUCGCCGAAUGGCUUAUCAUGGCGGGCGUGCGCGUCACGGAUGUGCAGGCAAUGGUGGAGAACCAUCUGAAGGAUAUGAUACUGAAGACGUUCGAUCCGAAGAAGGCGGAUAAAAUUUUCACCGAGGAAGGCGAAACACCCGGCUGGCUGACGGAGAUGAUCGAACAUCAUACGUGGCGUUCGUUGAUUUACCGGCUGGCGGAAGAGUAUCCGGAGUGUUUGAUGCUGAACUUUACCAUUAAGCUUAUCUCGGACGCUGGCUUCCAGAGCGAGAUUACUUCCAUCUCGACCGCCGCCCAACAGAUAGAGGUGUUUUCGCGCGUGCUCAAGACGGCGAUUGCCAAGUUUCUGAGCCACCCGGAGGAUUGGCAGAGCGCGAUCGAUGAGGUGGCCAAGAUGGUGUGCCACGGGCAGUAUACCUAUUUGUACAGUCAGGUGCUGAUACAGGUACUGUCGCAGGAACCGAAGGGUGGAUUCAUCAUGAAGCGGCUUUCGCAGGAAAUCACCAAAUAUGCGCUGAAAAACAAUCACAAUGUUACGCCCAUCACGAUGGCUCUGAACGGGUCGUCGCGUCAUCCACAGGCCUGCGAAGCGCUUACCUCGAUGCUGUCCCGCAACACACUCAACCCAGCCGACAUAACCGUGCUGUACCGGAACUACACCUCACCCGAGCCGCCACCGAUCGAUUUGAUCCGCAAUCCCCAGUUUCUCGAUCUGCUCGUCGACUCCCUGUUCAAGGUGGGCACAAAGAUUAACCAGGAGCACAAGUCGAAGUACAUCUAUCUGCUCGGUUACGCCGCGAGCGUAAGCGAGAUCCCGACCAAGAAAGGCCAACCGAAGGGCCAUCGGGUGUUGAACAAGGACGAUCUAAAAGCAACGAUCAUUGCGAUCGAGAAGGUGCACGCGAUCUGUAACGUGAGCCGCGGUUCGAGCGAGCUGAUCGGUGACAUCUCCACCUUGUACAACUGCAUCCGGUUUCCGGUGGUUGGGGUGGGCGUUAUCCGCUGGGUCGAGAACACCGUCACCGAACCGUCCUACUUCAAGCUCUGCACCGAAAGCUGUCCGCUGCAUCUCGCACUGCUGGACGAGGUGGCCUGCGUACAUACGUCGCUGCACGACCAGAUCCUGCGGCUGCUGGUGCGGUUGUUCGAGUCGAAGCAGGACGAGCUGGAAAUUUUGGUGCAGCUCGAGCUGAAGAAGAUGCUGCUCGAUCGGAUGGUGAAUCUGUUGGCACGGGGAUGUGUCGUGCCGGUGGUGAAGUACAUCAGCCAGUGCUGUACCAAGGGCGACACGGACAUUUCGCUGAUUCGGUACUUUGUGACGGAGGUGCUUGAAACGGUCACGCAUCCGUACUCGAGCGAGUUCGUGCAGCUGUUUCUACCGAUGGUGGAAAACGAAGAAAUUACGGGCUCGAUGCGGGGCGAAGGUGAUAACGAUCCGGUUUCGGAGUUUAUCGUUCACUGCAAAGCACACUACACGACACUGUAGGCAGGAAGAAGGAAUGCAUGAUUUCUACGUAUUAUGGUGCCAAGGAACUCCUGCACGUUGGCCAAGGAUGAUUCAAUUUCAUCUUCCGCAUCGUUGAUGUUAUCGUAGCUUUCUAUAUUGUCACAAUCAUCGGAAAUUAACCAGUCGAUGAUAAUUUCUGCUGCUUCAACUUCUUCAUCAAACGAAUGAUGGCUAAUUGGUUCCGGAUCUGGAAUGCAAAAGAUGGAUAUUAAUAUUGCAAUUAAAUAUGCUUUCAUGUAGUCAAUCUUGUUCUUACCUUCAUACGUGGUUGCUACAGGAAUGAUGUUAGCACCGAAUGAACUGCUCUCGCCAAAUAAUUCUGCCUCUAGUUUAGCGUUAUUAGCUUAGAUAAUCUUGCUGGUUUGGCCGGUUCGACGCAUUCUUUUGACCGACAUUGUUACACUUCGAACAAUACUACAAGGAAUGUACUUGAGAAAUGUAAGCAAUCUGAGUCAUUUAAUCGCAAACGUAUGUAAGUUGCUUGAUAAUUAACGCAAAGCUAGAAAAAAAUCCCCACACACUUGUUAACUAUGUUUUUCACUUAGGAAGUUUCUAACACUGUCACGCGCACAGAUAAAAACACCGAUUGUAGCGAUAACUCGAACCGAAUGAACACGAAAACGACAUUUGCAUAUGUAUAUAACCAACGACCAACAAAUAGAAUAGUAGAAUUUGGUAUAUGCUAUCGUAGGUAUCGGAUGAAGAAUUGUUUACAUUUAUUAGUUGUGUAAUUUAGGUACAUGAUUUAGGUACAUGUUUCCCUCCUUACCAAUUGACAUUAUGGUAGGUAGAAGAAAAGUUUUACAACAACAAAUGUUAGCAACAGCUAGUAACGCGUAUAUACAUAGAUAUGAGUUGUAUAAUCUUACCUCUUCGAUAUGUAUAAUAUAUGUUGACCUAGCCGUGCAAGAAAGAAGACGUUGACUAGGAAUGACGUUGUUCGACUAUCCUAGUCUUUAAAUAAAAAUAUUCGUCACUCAGUUCAUUAAAUUAAGUGUCACUCAGCAAUUCAAACACAUGACUCAUAGAGUUGUUGUACCGCUUGGCUUUGCAUGAUCUUGCAGUACUUGGUGUUUGUUGGGCAUCACUACUCUCAGAAGUAUGAAGUUGUUCGACUAUCCGAGUCUUUAAAUAAAAAUAUUCGGCACUCAGUUCAAUAAAUUAUGUGUCACUCAGCAAUCCAAACACAUGACUCAUAGAGUUGUUGUACCGCUUGGCUUUGCAUGAUCUUGCAGUACUUGGUGUUUGUUGGGUAUCACUACUCUCAGAAGUAUGACGUUGCUCAACUAUCCGAGUCAACUAUAUAAAAAUAUUCGUCACUCAGUUCAUUAAAUUAAGUGUCACUCAGCAAUCCAAACACAUGACUCAUAGAGUUGUUGUACCGCUUGGCUUAGCAUGAUCUUGCAGUACUUGGUGUUUGUUGGGUAUCACUACUCUCAGAAGUAUGACGUUGUUCGACUAUCCGAGUCUUUGAAUAAAAAUAUUCGUCACUUAGUUCAUUAAAUUAUGUGUCACUCAGGAAUCCAAACACAUGACUCAUAGAGUUGUUGUACCGCUUGGCUUAGCAUGAUCUUGCAGUACUUGGUGUUUGUUGGGUAUCACUACUCUCAGAAGUAUGACGUUGUUCGACUAUCCGAGUCUUUGAAUAAAAAUAUUCGUCACUUAGUUCAGUAAAUUAUGUGUCACUCAGGAAUCCAAACACAUGACUCAUAGAGUUGUUGUACCGCUUGGCUUUGCAUGAUUUUGCAGUACUUGGUGUUUGUUGGGCAUCACUACUCUCAGAAGUAUGAAGUUGUUCGAUUAUCCGAGUCUUUAAAUAAAAAUAUUUGUCACUCAGUUGAUUAAAUUAUGUGUCACUCAGCAAUUCAAACACAUGACUCAUAGAGUUGUUGUACCACUUGGCUUUGCAUGAUCUUGCAGUACUUGGUGUUUGUUGGGUAUCACUACUCUCAGAAGUAUGACGUUGCUCAACUAUCCGAGUCAACUAUAUAAAAAUAUUCGUCACUCAGUUCAAUAAAUGAAGUGUCACUCAGGAAUCCAAACACAUGACUCAGAGUUGUUGUACCGCUUGGCUUUUCAUGAUCUUGCAGUACUUGGUGUUUGUUGGGUAUCACUACUCUCAAAAGUAUGACGUUGAUCAACUAUCCGAGACUUUAAAUAAAAAUAUUCGUCACUCAGUUCAUUAAAUUAAGUGUCACUCAGGAAUCCAAACACAUGACUCAUAGAGUUGUUGUGCCGCUUGGCUUUGCAUGAUCUUGCAGUACUUGGUGUUUGUUGGGUAUCACUACUCUCAGAAGUAUGACAAUGUUCGGCUAUCCGAGUCUUUGAAUAAAAAUAUUCGUCACUCAGUUCAUUAAAUUAAGUGUCACUCAGGAAUCCAAACACAUGACUCAUAGAGUUGUUGUACCACUUGGCUUUGCAUGAUCUUGCAGUACUUGGUGUUUGUUGGGUAUCACUACUCUCAGAAGUAUGACGUUGCUCAACUAUCCGAGUCAACUAUAUAAAAAUAUUCGUCACUCAGUUCAUUAAAUUAAGUGUCACUCAGCAAUCCAAACACAUGACUCAUAGAGUUGUUGUACCGCUUGGCUUUGCAUGAUCUUGCAGUACUUGGUGUUUUUUGGGUAUCACUACUCUCGGAUGAAUGACGUUGUUCGACUAUCCGAGUCUUUAAAUAAAAAUAUUCGUCACUCAGUUCAUUAAAUUAAGUGUCACUCAGGAAUCCAAACACAUGACUCAUAGAGUUGUUGUGCCGCUUGGCUUUGCAUGAUCUUGCAGUACUUGGUGUUUGUUGGGUAUCACUACUCUCAGAAGUAUGACGUUGCUCAACUAUCCGAGUCAUCUAUAUAAAAAUAUUCGUCACUCAGUUCAUUAAAUUAAGUGUCACUCAGGAAUCCAAACACAUGACUCAUAGAGUUGUUGUACCGCUUGGCUUUGCAUGAUCUUGCAGUACUUGGUGUUUGAUGGGUAUCACUACUCUCGGAUGAAUGACGUUGUUCGACUAUCCGAGUCUUUAAAUAAAAAUAUUCGGCACUCAGUUCAAUAAAUUAAGUGUCACUCAGCAAUCCAAACACAUGACUCAUAGAGUUGUUGUACCGCUUGGCUUUGCAUGAUCUUGCAGUACUUGGUGUUUGUUGGGUAUCACUACUCUCAGAAGUAUGACGUUGCUCAACUAUCCGAGUCAACUAUAUAAAAAUAUUCGUCACUCAGUUCAUUAAAUUAAGUGUCACUCAGCAAUCCAAACACAUGACUCAUAGAGUUGUUGUACCGCUUGGCUUUGCAUGAUCUUGCAGUACUUGGUGUUUGUUGGGUAUCACGCCUCUCGGACGAAUGACGUUGUUCGACUAUCCUAGUCUUUAAAUAAAAAUAUUCGUCACUCAGUUCAUUAAAUUAAGUGUCACUCAGCAAUUCAAACACAUGACUCAUAGAGUUGUUGUACCGCUUGGCUUUGCAUGAUCUUGCAGUACUUGGUGUGUGUUGGGCAUUACUACUCUCAGAAGUAUGACGUUGUUCGACUAUCCGAGUCUUUGAAUAAAAAUAUUCGUCACUUAGUACAGUAAAUUAUGUGUCACUCAGGAAUCCAAACACAUGACUCAGAGUUGUUGUACCGCUUGGCUUUGCAUGAUCUUGCAGUACUUGGUGUUUGUUGGGUAUCACUACUCUCAAAAGUAUGACGUUGAUCAACUAUCCGAGUCUUUAAAUAAAAAUAUUCGUCACUCAGUUCAUUAAAUUAAGUGUCACUCAGCAAUCCAAACACAUGACUCAUAGAGUUGUUGUACCACUUGGCUUUGCAUGAUCUUGCAGUACUUGGUGUUUGUUGGGCAUCACUACUCUCAGAAGUAUGACGUUGUUCGGCUAUCCGAGUCUUUAAAUAAAAAUAUUCGUCACUCAGUUCAUUAAAUUAAGUGUCACUCAGCAAUCUAAACACAUAACUCAUAGAGUUGUUGUACCGCUUGGCUUUGCAUGAUCUUGCAGUACUUGGUGUUUGUUGGGCAUCACUUCUCUCGGAUGAAUGACGUUGUUCGACUAUCCGAGUCUUUAAAUAAAAAUAUUCGGCACACAGUUCAAUAAAUUAAGUGUCACUCAGCAAUCCAAACACAUGACUCAUAGAGUUGUUGUACCGCUUGGCUUUGCAUGAUCUUGCAGUACUUGGUGUUUGUUGGGUAUCACUACUCUCAGAAGUAUGACGUUGAUCAACUAUCCGAGUCUUUAAAUAAAAAUAUUCGUCACUCAGUUCAUUAAAUUAAGUGUCACUCAGGAAUCUAAACACAUGACUCAUAGAGUUGUUGUACCACUUGGCUUUGCAUGAUCUUGCAGUACUUGGUGUUUGUUGGGUAUCACUACUCUCGAACAAAUGACGUUGUUCGACUAUCCGAGUCUUUGAAUAAAAAUAUUCGUCACUCAGUUCAUUAAAUUAAGUGUCACUCAGCAAUCUAAACACAUGACUCAUAGAGUUGUUGUACCGCUUGACUUUGCCUUUUCUUGCAGUACUUGGUGUGUGUUGGGCAUUACUACUCUCGGAUGAAUGACGUUGUUCGACUAUCCGAGUCUUUAAAUAAAAAUAUUCGUCACUCAGUUCAUUAAAUGAAGUGUCACUCAGGAAUCCAAACACAUGACUCAUAGAGUUGUUGUACCACUUGGCUUUGCAUGAUCUUGCAGUACUUGGUGUUUGUUGGGUAUCACUACUCUCAGAAGUAUGACGUUGUUCGGCUAUCCGAGUCUUUAAAUAAAAAUAUUCGUCACUCAGUUCAUUAAAUUAAGUGUCACUCAGCAAUCUAAACACAUGACUCAUAGAGUUGUUGUACCGCUUGGCUUUGCAUGAUCUUGCAGUACUUGGUGUUUGUUGGGCAUCACUUCUCUCGGAUGAAUGACGUUGUUCGACUAUCCGAGUCUUUAAAUAAAAAUAUUCGGCACACAGUUCAAUAAAUUAAGUGUCACUCAGCAAUCCAAACACAUGACUCAUAGAGUUGUUGUACCGCUUGGCUUUGCAUGAUCUUGCAGUACUUGGUGUUUGUUGGGUAUCACUACUCUCAGAAGUAUGACGUUGAUCAACUAUCCGAGUCUUUAAAUAAAAAUAUUCGUCACUCAGUUCAUUAAAUUAAGUGUCACUCAGCAAUCUAAACACAUAACUCAUAGAGUUGUUGUACCGCUUGGCUUUGCAUGAUCUUGCAGUACUUGGUGUUUGUUGGGCAUCACUUCUCUCGGAUGAAUGACGUUGUUCGACUAUCCGAGUCUUUAAAUAAAAAUAUUCGGCACACAGUUCAAUAAAUUAAGUGUCACUCAGCAAUCCAAACACAUGACUCAUAGAGUUGUUGUACCACUUGGUUUGCAUGAUCUUGCAGUACUUGGUGUUUGUUGGGUAUCACUACUCUCAGAAGUAUGACGUUGUUCGGCUAUCCGAGUCUUUGAAUAAAAAUAUUCGUCACUCAGUUCAUUAAAUUAAGUGUCACUCAGCAAUUCAAACACAUGACUCAUAGAGUUGUUGUACCGCUUGGCUUUGCAUGAUCUUGCAGUACUUGGUGUUUGUUGGGUAUCACUACUCUCAGAAGUAUGACGUUGUUCGACUAUCCGAGUCUUUGAAUAAAAAUAUUCGUCACUCAGUUCAUUAAAUUAAGUGUCACUCAGCAAUCUAAACACAUGACUCAUAGAGUUGUUGUACCGCUUGACUUUGCCUUUUCUUGCAGUACUUGGUGUGUGUUUGACAUUACUACUCUCGAAUGAAUGACGUUGUUCGAAUAUCCGAGUCUUUAAAUAAAAAUAUUCGUCACUCAGUUCAUUAAAUUAAGUGUCACUCAGGAAUCCAAACACAUGACUCAUAGAGUUGUUGUGCCGCUUGGCUUUGCAUGAUCUUGCAGUACUUGGUGUUUGUUGGGUAUCACUACUCUCAGAAGUAUGACGUUGCUCAACUAUCCGAGUCAUCUAUAUAAAAAUAUUCGUCACUCAGUUCAUUAAAUUAAGUGUCACUCAGGAAUCCAAACACAUGACUCAUAGAGUUGUUGUACCGCUUGGCUUUGCAUGAUCUUGCAGUACUUGGUGUUUGUUGGGUAUCACUACUCUCAGAAGUAUGACGUUGUUCGGCUAUCCGAGUCUUUGAAUAAAAAUAUUCGUCACUCAGUUCAUUAAAUUAAGUGUCACUCAGCAAUUCAAACACAUGACUCAUAGAGUUGUUGUACCGCUUGGCUUUGCAUGAUCUUGCAGUACUUGGUGUUUGUUGGGUAUCACUACUCUCGGAUGAAUGACGUUGUUCGACUAUCCGAGUCUUUAAAUAAAAAUAUUCGUCACUCAGUUCAUUAAAUGAAGUGUCACUCAGGAAUCCAAACACAUGACUCAUAGAGUUGUUGUACCACUUGGCUUUGCAUGAUUUUGCAGUACUUGGUGUUUGUUGGGUAUCACUACUCUCAGAAGUAUGACGUUGUUCGGCUAUCCGAGUCUUUGAAUAAAAAUAUUCGUCACUCAGUUCAUUAAAUUAAGUGUCACUCAGCAAUUCAAACACAUGACUCAUAGAGUUGUUGUACCGCUUGGCUUUGCAUGAUCUUGCAGUACUUGGUGUUUGUUGGGUAUCACUACUCUCAGAAGUAUGACGUUGUUCGACUAUCCGAGUCUUUGAAUAAAAAUAUUCGUCACUCAGUUCAUUAAAUUAAGUGUCACUCAGCAAUCUAAACACAUGACUCAUAGAGUUGUUGUGCCGCUUGACUUUGCCUUUUCUUGCAGUACUUGGUGUUUGUUGGGCAUCACUACUCUCGAAUGAAUGACGUUGUUCGAAUAUCCGAGUCUUUAAAUAAAAAUAUUCGUCACUCAGUUCAUUAAAUUAAGUGUCACUCAGGAAUCCAAACACAUGACUCAUAGAGUUGUUGUGCCGCUUGGCUUUGCAUGAUCUUGCAGUACUUGGUGUUUGUUGGGUAUCACUACUCUCAGAAGUAUGACGUUGCUCAACUAUCCGAGUCAUCUAUAUAAAAAUAUUCGUCACUCAGUUCAUUAAAUUAAGUGUCACUCAGCAAUUCAAACACAUGACUCAUAGAGUUGUUGUACCGCUUGGCUUUGCAUGAUCUUGCAGUACUUGGUGUUUGUUGGGCAUCACUACUCUCGGAUGAAUGACGUUGUUCGACUAUCCGAGUCUUUAAAUAAAAAUAUUCGUCACUCAGUUCAUUAAAUUAAGUGUCACUCAGGAAUCCAAACACAUGACUCAUAGAGUUGUUGUACCGCUUGGCUUUGCAUGAUUUUGCAGUACUUGGUGUUUGUUGGGCAUCACUACUCUCAGAAGUAUGAAGUUGUUCGACUAUCCGAGUCUUUAAAUAAAACAAUUUGUCACUCAGUUCAUUAAAUUAUGUGUCACUCAGGAAUCCAAACACAUGACUCAUAGAGUUGUUGUACCACUUGGCUUUGCAUGAUCUUGCAGUACUUGGUGUUUGUUGGGUAUCACUACUCACGGAUGAAUGACGUUGUUCGACUAUCCGAGUCUUUAAAUAAAAAUAUUCGUCACUCAGUUCAUUAAUUAGGUGUCACUCAGGAAUCCAAACACAUGACUCAUAGAGUUGUUGUGCCGCUUGGCUUUGCAUGAUCUUGCAGUACUUGGUGUUUGUUGGGUAUCACUACUCUCAGAAGUAUGACGUUGUUCGGCUAUCCGAGUCUUUGAAUAAAAAUAUUCGUCACUCAGUUCAUUAAAUUAAGUGUCACUCUGCAACUUGGUCCUUUACGUCUUGUUGUUAGUGCGUUAGUGACUUGUUCCCUCUGGACAAGUCAGAGACAGACCCAUAAAAAAGGAUCGCCCACGCGAUCUCACGGUCCAGCACCAUAAACAGAUAAGAAAACGUCGCUUCAAGGUUCGGGAUACGCCCGACGCUAUAGGUUUAUAUUACUUCAGGUAGAAAGAGGUGCUAUAUAUCUUUUCAACUUUUCCUUUCAUUCUAACAACCUAAUUUUCGGGAUUAUUUUAGUAUAUAAUAAAGUACAUAAGAGGUUAUAAAUUUUGCCUUUGACAGCAAUUCUUUUCUUUGCACGGACUUUCCAUAAUGUGGAAACUACGUACACUCCAAAUGCCGAUAGAGAAGAAGAUAGGCUUUCCAAAUCGUUUACAAGCGGAUUACCUACACCUUCUUGGCUGGUUAAUUGAUGCUAACGGAUCACUUGUCGUUAGUUCCUUGGUGAUGGAUUUCAAACAGGAGGACACUACUGUACCUCUAUUUAUUCGACUAUCGCAUUAGCGGUACUCUCUAGAUUAUUGAGCGUCUUCCGCGAUUUUGUAAAAAGUUGUAGCUCGUUUGGCCUUUACACGCGGAUACACAUGGCUCAUAGAGUUGUUGUACCACUUGGUUUUGCAUGAUCUUGCAGUACUUGGUGUUUGUUGGGUAUCACGCCUCUCGGACGAAUGACGUUGUUCGACUAUCCUAGUCUUUGAAUAAAAAUAUUCGUCACUCAGUUCAUUAAAUUAAGUGUCACUCAGCAAUUCAAACACAUGACUCAUAGAGUUGUUGUACCGCUUGGCUUUGCAUGAUCUUGCAGUACUUGGUGUUUGUUGGGUAUCACUACUCUCAGAAGUAAGACGUUGUUCGACUAUCCGAGUCUUUAAAUAAAAAUAUUCGUCACUCAGUUCAUUAAAUUAAGUGUCACUCAGCAA